CCAUUUCCCACCGUUUCUCUCUCUUACACGCACUCCUGAGUUCGCUGCAACACGCAAGCAAUAAAAGGUAGCCCCCACUGAGUACACUACCCGCACGUUUACCCCGGCAGAGCAGCUAACGCCCCGUCACACCCAUAGUACAAAUUACAAUGGUUUGAAAGUUGGCCGCCUCCUCUCCGCUAUACCGCGCCCAAGGACUUUAUCCUGGCUACCGCAACAGUUUACGGCUCUGCGGUACGCUGCUUUUUAACGGGCUAAAGAAACCGAGUUAUAAACAUGUCCCAGAACGAACUAGUCUCUGUUUGCCUGCUCCUUGUGCUCCUGUGCAGUUCUGCAGAGUCAUGUGUUCAGAGGCAUGUCCAAGUGCGAGUUCCUCAGAAGCUGCAGGCAGGUUAUGUCAUCUCUAAAGUGAAUCUGGUUGAUUGCGGGAGGCAUACGUAUUUGACCUGCAGUGACCCAGACUUCACUGUGCAGACAGACGGCACCAUUUUCACUUCCCAUCUUACCACAGUACCAGAUGAUGGCAAAUCAUUCUGGAUAUGGGUGGAGGAUGCGACAGGUGAAAUGUGGAAGGUCGACGUUACCCUUUCCUUGGCUGAUCAGGUGUCUCAGAAGUCCAGCAAUGCAGUUCUGAAGCGCUUUAAGAGACGAUGGAGACCUCUGCCUUUCUCUGUCACUGAGAACGAUAAAGGACCUUUCCCUAAGGAUGUGGAGCUUAUUGCGUCGGAUUCCUCUGUAGAUCGUACGGUUUAUUACAGCAUCCGAGGGAUGGGCGUUGACACUGAGCCUGAGAACGUAUUUCAAGUCAUUCCAGACUCCGGCUUGGUGCGAGUGCUCAAGACCGUCGAUCGUGAGCAGUACCCUAAAUUUGAAUUCAUGGCUCACGUAUACGACAAGUUCACGAAAACUGAGUCAGAUGACCCUCUGCCAAUCAUUGUGAAUGUACUGGAUUUGAAUGACAAUGCUCCAGAGUUCUCCGAUCCUCUGUUAUUUGUUGUGACGGAACAGAGCAAACAAGGCACUUAUGUAGGGAAAGUGAAUGCCACAGAUAAGGAUGAGCCCAACACCCUUCACACCAAGAUCAAAUUCAUUCUACAGAACUACACCGACCUGUUCACCAUUGACCCAUCUAAUGGAGUUAUAAGAACUGUAAACAAACAGCUGGAUAGAGAGACACAAGAGAGGUUCUUUGUUAAUAUAGAGAUUAGAGACAUGGAUGGAGCCAUGGAUGGUCUGUCAGCGAGGGGGGUCGCCAUUGUUUCUCUGACCGACAUCAACGACAAUCCACCAACAUUCCGUCAAUCAACGUUCAAGGCUCAGGUGCUGGAGAACCAGGCAAGUGUGCUGGUCCUUCGUAUCCCAGUGGAUGACAAGGACCUAAAGGGAACGCCCAACUGGAAUGCGGUGUAUGAGAUCACCAAGGGCAACGAGAGCGGCAAUUUCUGGAUGACGACAGACCCCGUCACCAAUGAAGGCCUGCUCUACGUCGCAAAGCCUUUGGAUCGGGAGAAGCAGGAGAAGUUAAACCUGGAGGUGACGGCCCGUAACCAGGCUCCCCUGGUGUCAACCACUGGCACCUGGCAGACGGCUUUGGUGGAGCUGAAUGUGGGAGAUGUGGACGAAGGGCCAGAGUUCGCGGCGCCCAUCUUGCGGCUUAAAGUCAAGGAGAACGUGCCCAACGGAACACUCAUUGGAACCUACACAGCCACUGAUCCAGAGACCAAAAGCAGCAAUGGUAUCAGAUACUAUAAGAUCCCUCUGUCAGACCCGGGCUCCUGGAUCAAAGUAGAGGAGAGCACUGGCCAGCUGAAGACUAUAAACACUAUUGACCGAGAGUCACAUCUUGUCAUAAAUAAUACGUACAACAUCACAGUGAAAGCUGUGGAUCAGAGUCAGAAGACAGGUACUGGCACAGUAAUGAUCCUGAUCGAGGAUGUCAAUGACAACGUUCCUGUGGUGCCAGAAUCGAACCGGGUAGUGUGUACCAUGGAUGGUAAACGAAGCUCCACUCUAGUCGAUGCUGUAGACUAUGACCAAACACCAUACUCGGGACCUUUCACUUUUGAACUGGCCAGCGGGGUUACUGGGAAAUGGAAGCUAAAGAAUGCCACAGGUACCUCCAUCAUCUUGGAGCAGGCUGAGGACAUGCCCAACGGCGUCUACCAGGUCCCUCUGCUAAUAAAGGACCUCCAGGGGGUAGGGCAGGAGCAGAUGGUGUCCGUCCGAGUUUGUGACUGUGACAGCGAUGGAGUGUGUUCAGGUCAGGGUGUUUCUGCCAGACUGGGAGCCUGGGGCAUCCUCGCCAUGCUGCUCUCCCUGCUGCUGAUCCUGUUGCUCUGUCUUCUGCUUCUGUUUGUUUGCACCACGAAGGGAGAGAAACUACGCAUGACCGACGACGAUGGAAGCGGCGGCAUGCUGCUCAAGUCCAACACCGAGGCUCCGGGGGAGGAAGUGAAAGAAACUCCUCUGUUAAUAACACCUGGGAGCAAGGCGGAUGGAAGCGGUACUAAGGGCGGCGGCACGCUGGACUAUCAGACGAUUCGCUCUUUUAGAGGCGGGUAUGGGCAGCAGAACACCAUUGGCUCCCAAGGCAUGUAUGGCACCGGACAGUUCGGAAACUCCUUCCAGAAAUACUCUGACAUGGCUACUAUGGAAACAUGGCAGACCAACGAAGUUUACUUGGACAAUAAACUGUUGUACUUCAAUGAGGAGGACGACAGGCGGUUUGCGGCUGAUGUACUGAAGCCUUAUGGGUACGAGGGAGUGGGCUCUCCUGCAGGGUCUGUCGGGUGCUGUAGCAUAAUCAGUGACCAAGAUACGCUGGACUUCCUCGAUACGCUUGGCCCCAAAUUCAGGACACUCGCUGAUGUCUGCACGAGCAAAACGGUGAGGCGUGGGCAGUGAGAUGCAGGCUGAGGGGGGCGAGGCAACGUGAGAAAUGACUUGAGAUCAGUUUUAGUAGUCGUAAGAACUGGCCUGUCUGUCUUGAGAUGAAAGGGAGAGAGAGGCAGAUACACUGGCUCACUAGCCACUGGAAUCUGUCACCAGCACUCUGAAGCCUAAUGUGUAACUACCUGGAGCUUUUUAAUCAUGCUCUGUCUAAGAGUGGUGCUUGAGGUGAAAAACUGCUCCAUUCAGAUUAAAAUGUAUGUCCAUGUUUGUGUGUGUAUGUGUGUGUGUGUGUGUGUGUGUGUGUGUGCUUGCACGUAUUUUAUUUUGGACAGUACUUAUGAUUGUUGUGCUGUUGCACGUACUACUGCAUUUAUAUACUACUGUGGUCCUUUCACAGAGAAAGUGAUGAACACUAUUUUUGUAUGUAGAAAAUGUGUACAUGUUGCUCUUAUCACUAAUUUCUGUUCUGUACAAUAAAAAUGACAUGUUUGACAAGACACAAUGAGAGGGUGCCAAACAGCCCCUAACAGAGAUAGAGUGACAUCACAGUGUUUUGGAUGGACCUGGCCAAGCAGAUGCCAUUUGACCUUAGAAACACUGGUAAUACUGUUCAUGAUAUUGCAUUUCUACUGUAGGCUUCAAGCCAAAAAAGUCCAGCUUCUAAGCAUCUAUGUCUACUUUUUACUAGUACUAAAACUAGCUUCAUUUUUUAAUAUUAAACAGUUAAAAUGAAUUUAAAGCUUUCAGAGACAUGUUUUGGAACUAUUUUGAGUUUCUUCAGCUUGUCACUAUAGGGGAAGCUGGUGUUAAUAUCUUCCUGGUGUUUUAAUAAAAUCCUUGCAUGGAGGUUCUUUUAAUCACUAAUGGGUUCUCCAAACCCUAACCCAAAGGUGUUAGUUUUGACGUUAUAUCCUUUUUAUCAGAAUGGGGGUUUAUUCUUUGUUAAUUGCUCAAUACAAUUUAAAAGCAGGAACACUGGAUCCUGUAGGUCAUAAACAUUUUUUGAAGUGCACCAUGCCAAAUCUGAUCUUGUAACAUGUAAGCGUGAGGCAAUUUAUCCUUUGCCAGAAAGCCAUCAUAACAAAUCUUCCAGAAUUCUUCAUAAACUUGUCACUGCUUUCUUAGCUGUUUUUGUGUGAAAUGUAACAUUAUUACUUUUUUAGGAGCACAAAAUAAAAAAAAAACCUUUUGUGUGAAUUCAACCAAAAAACGAAUCAUGUGGUUUAUGAUAUUGUACUUAGAUUAUUCCAAGAUUAUACCAUUGAGAUAAUAGAUUUCUUUUUAGAGAAAUACUCGUAAUUAAAUGGAAGCACAUUUGACAUUUCUGUAUUCAGUAUCACAAAGUAAUAGUUUAUACAAAUGUAGACCACAGGCAGCAUUUUCAGGUUCAGAAAUUCAAAAAUGAUUGGCAAAGUUGUUUAUAUAGUACUGGGUGCAAAGGCAGACACUGUCCAAAGGUACAGCCUCUAUAACCCUUAGUGAACACAGUCCUAGCCAUCUGGAAUUAAGUAGAAACUAUCACAAGUACAGUAGAGCCAGUCUUAAUAUGAUACAUAACAAGCAGGAUAUGCAAAAUAAUAAAUACUCAAGACCCAAUUUUGGGUUUCAGGAACAAGCUAUUACAUUAACCUGAACUAUGAAUCCCAUUGGAAUUCAUUUAAGAUCAUCGAUAAACUUUUGUAACCAUUGUUAAUCCAUCUAGAAAAUGACACAUUAUAGAUAUUGGAGAGUAGUUUGGAGGAAACUAGCAGUAGCUGAGCUGGGUUGUACUUCUAAAAGCCAGUGUCAGUGGAGCACCCAUUUGUUGAUUAGCAUUGUCAAAUACUGUACUAAGUAGAUUGUUCAAACUAGAGCCUGCAGGCUGCUUCCCAAGACCUGGAAUGGACUUGAUGAUCUUACUUCCUCAUGCAAAACAUAUCAAUGAAUCGUGCUUGAAGCCGUUACUAACAAUUCAGCCAGUGUUUGUGUGAGUGAAAGCCAGGGAGAGUCAAAUUGCUCCCUGUGCUAGUGCUGUAGCCAGCGUGUGACAUCUCUUGCAAUGUCCUGUGAAGAGUGACGUCAAAGACUUAGCCUCAAUGCUGAAUUGAAAAUUGAUUCUACUGUGGCAAUAGAAAGUCUUGGUCAGGCACUUGGUACCAGAGCAUUCUUUUAUUCAGUGCGAACCUCAUAGACUGAUUGUAAAACGGCACCGGGUGUAUUGCAUACAAGGGACAGGACAGUUCGAUACAGACAUGAAAAGA